AUGUCAGCUGUCAAUGACACCAACUUCAACUCUGCAGUGUUCCUUCUCACCGGGAUACCUGGGCAGGAAGACGUCUACCUGUGGAUCUCUAUCCCCAUCUGCUUAAUGUAUGUUAUUUCGAUAGUAGGAAAUUCGAUCAUUCUGUUCAUUAUAAAAACAGAUGCAAGCCUCCAUGAGCCCAUGUACAUUUUCCUUUCCAUGUUGGCCGUCACAGACCUUGGCUUAUCGAUAGUCACCAUACCGACGAUACUGGGUAUAUACUUUUUCAACUCUAGGGAGAUCAGCCAGGAUGCCUGUUUUGUCCAGCUCUUCUUCAUCCACUCGCUUGCAAAAUUUGAAUCCUCCGUGCUGUUGUUAAUGGCCUUUGACCGCUUCAUCGCAAUCUGUAACCCACUGAGAUAUGCUGCCAUUUUAACUCCACCGAGAAUAGCCAAAAUGGGACUUGCGUUUAUGCUAAGAGGAGUGGCCGUAAUAUUCCCACUCCCCUUUCUCCUGAAACGGUUCCAAUACUGUCCAGACAAUGUCCUCUCCCAUUCCUACUGUGUGCACCAGGAGGUCAUGAAGAUGGCUUGUUCGGAUAUCAGAGUCAACAGCAUCUAUGGCUUGUGUACCACACUCUUAACGGUGGGGUUGGACUCGCUGCUCAUCUUUCUCUCUUAUGUGAUGAUCCUCAAAACAGUGCUGAGCAUCGCGUCCCAAGUGGAGUGCCUGAGGGCCCUGAACACCUGCUUCUCCCACCUCUGCGCCGUCUUGGUCUUCUACAUACCAGAUAUUGGCCUGACUGUGACACACAGAUUCGGGAAUAGCUCUUCUCACUUGCUUCAAAUGGUCCUGGGCUAUUUCUACCUGCUGGUCCCACCCCUGAUCAAUCCAAUCGUGUACAGCGUGAAAAGCAAACAUCUUCGUCAGAGGAUAAUCAGGGCAUUUGUCAAGUGA